AUGCCGUCCAUCCAGAAUCGUGCUGUGCGGAUCGGAGGUUGCGAAGGGGGCAUCACAGACCACCAUGGAGUUCUGGCACGCAUGGCUCAGAACGAAGACGUCGACGUCAUCUUCGGCGACUGGAUGAGCGAGUACAACAUGACCACUCGGGGCGCGGAGAAGUUACAAGACCCGGCAGCACUGGGCUACGAAUCGGUUUUCCUUCAAUCACUGGAACCGGCCCUGGAGCACUUAGCGGCCAAAAAGAUCAAGCUCGCAGCCAACGCGGGGGCCUCUGGUACGGAACUCCUCACCAAACAUGUCAGAGAAAUGAUCGCGAGUAAGGGUUUGAACCUGAAAGUCGCGUGGGUGUCUGGGGACGAAAUCCCAAUCGAGGACCUCAAGGCCCUUCAUACAAAGGGAGACAAGUUGCAAAGACUUACCACGGACAAGGACUUUUCGACUUGGGAGUUUGACCCAAUCUAUGCCCAAUGCUACCUCGGUGGACGUGGCAUUGCAAAGGCUUGGGCCGAGGGCGCUGAUAUCGUCCUUACCGGUCGAGUCUCUGAUCCAGCUCCCGUCAUUGCCGCUGGCAUCUGGUGGCACGGCUGGGAUGAGAACCAGCUGGAUGAACUCGCCGGGGCCCUGGUCUGUGGCCAUCUGAUCGAAUGCGGCGCAUACGUCUGCGGAGCAAACUGGUCGGGAUUCAAGUCGCUCGGAACUGGCAAAAGCAUUCUCAACCUGGGCUACCCGAUUGCAGAGCUUGCACAGGAUGGAACGUGCAUCAUUUCCAAGGAGCAGGGGUCCAACGGCGUUGUGUCGAUCGAAACCUGCAAGAGCCAGCUUCUGUAUGAGAUCCAGGGCCCGUGGUAUUUCAACUCGGAUGUUGUCGCCGAGCUCUCGAAUAUCAGCAUGGAGCAGCUCGGUCCAAACCGUGUCAGGGUCUCGGGCGUCAAAGGCCUCCCGCCACCACCCACGACCAAGGUCGGCGUCACUGCAAUUGGCGGCUACCAGGCCGAGACUCACUUCUAUGUGGUCGGUCUAGACGUUGAGGAGAAAGCAGCCAUGUUCGAGACGCAGAUCCGAGACGUCCUUCCAAUCGACAAAUACCAUUGUUUCAGGGUAUCUCUGAAUGGGAGGAGCCCUGACAACCCACGAAGUCAAGAGUCCGCCACGUGCGACCUCCGAGUCUUUGCCCAAGCCCGGAACGCCGACGAUCUGGCGACUUCGGUCUUCUUGCAGCCCGUCGUGGACACGGUGAUGCAGACGUACCCUGGCGCGCAGUUCAGCCUGGAUAUGCGCCAAGGCACGCCGAAGGUGUAUUAUGAAUUCUGGGUGGCAUUGAUCCCUCAGGGAGUCGUCUCCCACCAGCUCCACUUGCCAGACAAGACGAUCGACAUUCCCACCCCGACCAAAACCCAAACCUACCCACGUCACCAGCCUUCGUAUGAUCCUGAAAAUCCACGCCCAUUGACGUCCUGGGGUCCCACGACCACGGCUCCGCUGGGAUAUAUCGUGCAUGCCCGGUCUGGAGACAAGUCGUCCAAUUGCAAUGUCGGCUUCUACGUCCGCCACGCGGACGAGUACGAGUGGCUCAGGUCGACGCUGACCAUCGCCAGGGUCAAGGAGCUUCUCGGGGAAGAUUACAAGGGCGGACUAGUCGAGAGGUUCGAGCUGCCAAAUAUCUGGGCUGUUCAUUUCCUGUUGCUGGAUCACCUGGACCGUGGCGUCGCGAGUAGCAGCACAUACGACAUUCUCGGCAAGAACGUCGCCGAGUAUCUGCGGGCCAAGCAUGUUGAGAUCCCGACAGCGUUCCUGGAAAGAGGGAAGAUCUAG